CACUUUUCAAGGUUACAUUGUCGUUCUUUGGCCAAACUUGCGCCGUGAAGGGCUCUAAUAUCCCUCCAAAUCCAAUCCACGAAAAUUUCACAUGGCUUGGCACCAGCAACUCACAUUUGACUUUGGCCCAAUGUUUUUUCUUUGAAAAAAAUCACUUUGCGCCAAACGUUGAUUAUUCCAAAAUGACUUUUCUGCCUGUUCGUUAUGGUGAUCUUCUAUAUGUUAUUUCAUUUAAAUUAAAGUUGAGGCAUACACAUGACAUGAGAAUAUGCAGUUUGUCUACAACCACAAUAUUGGUUACUUGCAGCCAUGGAUAUCAAGACCAACUCGAGAUCCCUGCUUGUUCUCUUCAUCUGCCUGUUUUUGAAGACCAAUCUCUCUUUUGGAGCUGAUACCAUCUCUGCAAGUCAAUCCCUCUCUGGUGACCAAACCAUUGUCUCUAAAGGUGGAGUCUUUACUCUCGGAUUCUUUGAUCCAGGUGAUACUUCUAAAUUCUAUAUAGGCAUGUGGUACACGAAAAUAAAGACCAACCAGACUAUAGUAUGGGUGGCAAAUAGAGAGCAGCCAGUUUUAGAUAGAUUUUCUUCUGAGCUGAAAAUCUCUGAUGGUAAUUUAGUUCUUUUCGAUGAGUCCAAACUUCCAAUUUGGUCCACAAAAUUGAGCUCCACCAGUUCCUCCCCAGUACAAGCAGUACUUGGAGAUAAUGGAAAUCUAGUGUUAUGGCAAAGUGAUUCAUACUUUGGAAUAGGUCUACGGGAUAUUGGACUAGUGGAUCUUGGGACGGACACAUUUUUAGCUUAG